AGCAUAACGGCAGCGACGGAGAUCAGCGUGAAGAAUGGCGACUUAGCUCUUGAGAAGGACGACCAAGAUCCUCUCCUCUGCAAACCCUAACCCUACUUCACCGCUAACUGUAGCCAUGGCUUUCUCCGCCGCUUCCACUCCGAUCCGAGCCACUCUCUUCCCCGGCGAUGGCAUCGGUCCUGAGAUUGCCGAGUCCGUUAAAACGGUUCUUCUCUUUGCCUUUUUCUUCAAUUCGUUGUUCUCUUUAGUUAUUUUACUGCAUCGGAUGCUUGAUUGGAGCUUGAUGUUGAGGGGCGAUGGCAUCGGUCCUGAGAUUGCCGAGUCCGUUAAAACGAUAUUUAGAGCAGCUGAAGUGCCCAUUGAAUGGGAAGAACACUAUGUUGGAGACCAAGUAGAUCCUAGAACCCAGAGUUUUCUAACUUGGGAAAGUUUAGAAUCAGUUCGGCGGAAUAAGGUAGGCUUGAAAGGUCCCAUGGCUACGCCGAUUGGAAAAGGUCAUCGUUCUCUGAACCUUACUUUAAGGAAAGAACUUAAUCUGUAUGCCAACGUCAGGCCUUGUUACAGCCUUCCUGACUAUAAAACUCGUUAUGAUGAUGUAAAUCUUAUUACCAUUCGUGAAAACACAGAAGGGGAGUACAGUGGACUUGAACAUCAAGUGGUGAGGGGAGUUGUUGAAAGCCUUAAGAUCAUUACUUGUCAGGCAAGUUUAUGAGUGGCUGAAUAGGCUUUUCACUAUGCUAAGAUCCAUGGUAGAGAGAGAGUUUCAGUGAUUCACAAAGCCAACAUUAUGCAGAAAACUGAUGGUCUUUUUCUCAAGGUAUGCUAAUAUACCUUGUUGAAUUUAUUGUAAUUGUUUCCCACAGGAUUGACUUACUAAGUGUGGUUUAAUUUUCACUUCCAGUGUUGCCGUGAGGUUGCAGAGAAAUAUCCUGAGAUAACAUAUGAGGAAGUUGUCAUUGACGAUUAUUGUAUGAUGGUAUUAAAGCUUAUCUUUAUUGCAGAGUAUUCUUUUUCUCUAUCUACUUAAUGGGGUUAUGGGCUUGUUUGGGUUUUCUGUUGCUCUUUAUGGGAAAAAAAAAAAUAAUUACUUGUUGAUGCAUGUAACUCCAUCGACAACUUCUAUGGAAGUAAAAACUGAAAAUAACAACAACCACAUGUUUCACUGCCUACAGCUUGUGAAGAAUCCAACACUUUUUGAUGUAUUGGUGAUGUCUAACCUUUAUGGUGACAUUAUCAGCGACCUUUGUGCUGGAUUGAUUGGGGGAUUGGGUCUAACACCAAGGUCAAUGUACAUCGUUUAUAAUCAGUAGUUGUUACAUCCUCUUAUUUGACGGCAUGACUUGUUGUGCAGUUGCAACAUUGGUGAGGGUGGAAUUUUACUAAUUGAUGUUACCCCUGCACCAAGGAGCCUCCACCCUUGGACCUUUGCAAGCAAUUUUA